AAAUCAUAAUCUUCCCCGUCCUAACUCUAUCGACGGCCCGGAUCUCGUGGUGCAGGUACACCGUAGGAAAAACAAGCCUGUUUUCCCCUUUUUAAAACGAAAAAACCCAAAACCAGACAGGGCUUAUAGCUAGUUGGAAACACCCAUUCUCUCUUGAACUCCGUUAUAAUCAUGAGCAUCGAUUCUUAAGCGUCGCGGAAGCUCUCUCUCUCUCUCUCUCUCUCUCCUCCUCUCUGUGGCUUGGAUUGAUUCUCAUGUGUUUGUGGAAAGAUCAAAUAGUGUAGUUUCUGCGGGGUCGUUUUGCGCAGGAGGAAAUGUCGUCUGGAUUUCCCGGCGGCGGGGCGGACUUCUACGGCUCAGGCGGGAUCACCGGAAGAUCGAUCGCCAUGAACAACGCUCAAGCUUCCUACAGAUCGCAGCUCCCCGGAAUUCUCCUCGACCCAUCUUCCCAGAUCCCCCACCGACGGCCUGAUUUGAUUGGGAAGAGGACCCUGGCGGAGUUCCAAACUCAGAACCAGUACUACCUCCACCAGCAGCAGCAGCAGCAAGGGCUCGGCCUCCUUCUCCGGUCGGUGAAGCCGAGAACUUACCAUCAGACCUCCCCUAUUUCGCCCCUCUCACCGAUGGACUUCUCCGGCACAAUCCCGCCGGAAAUCGCCUCAGUUUCGCACUCGCCGGCGGCAUCCGGUAGGUACGGUUUGCCCCUCAUCCAGCAAGCACGGCAAUACCACGCCAACAACGGCGUGCCUUCUUGUAACGCUUCUCUCUCGGGCGUUUCGUACUCUAAUUUGAGUAAUUUCGCUCCGACGCGCGUCCCUACCCCUGAUUCGGAGCCCGACCGUGCGACGAAGAUGAUGAACACGCUCCAUGAGCUGGAGAAACAGCUCUUAGACGAUGCGGAGGACGGCGACGGCGGAGACGACGUCUCGGUAAUUACUAACAGCGAGUGGUCUGAAGCUAUACAGAACCUCAUGGUUGCCCCUACUAAUAGCAAUACUUUUGUAUCUCCGUCUCCUACGACUUCUACUACGUCGUCGUCGUCGAGUUCUUCCGUGGCUUCGUCGCCGCCGCAGAGUUCUCCGAAGCAAUCGCUCGUCGACGCCGCGUCCGCCAUGGCCGAGGGCAACGCGGAGAAGGCCCUCGAAAUUCUCACGCGCGUGACCCAAGUCCCCGGCGUGAACGGAAGCGCCGACCAGCAAGUGGGUUCUUACGUAGCUUCAGCCCUGCGGUGGCGCGUGAGCCCCACUGAGUAUCACGCGCCACCUGUGCUGGAGCUCUACGGUGGAGAGCACGCUGCUUCGUUGCAAGUGCUGUAUGAACUCUCUCCUUGCUUCAAGUUCGGGCUGUGGGCGGCGAACCACGCGAUUCUGGAAGCCACGUCGGACUUGCCGGACGUGAUUCACGUGAUAGAUUUUGACGCCGUCCACGCCGGCAGCAACGUGCAGUAUUUGAAUUUGGUUCAGGCGCUGGCGGCGCGUCAGAACGGGAAGCCAGUGGUGCUAACAAUCACGAGCGUUGCGGAGCACGGUAGUGGUGAUUGGGACGACGAGAAGCUGAGGAAAAUCGGCGAACGAGUCGGCGUCUGUGUGAAACUCAGGGCCGUGACUCAAGCUCUCUGCGAUCUGAGUCGGGACUCGCUGGGCUGCGGCCCGGAGGAGGCUGUGGUAGUGAAUUUAGCUUUCAAGCUUUACAGAAUGCCGGACGAGAGCGUGCGGACGGACAAUCCGAGGGACGAGUUGCUGCGGCGCGUGAAGGGGCUGAGGCCGCGCGUCGUGACGGUGGUGGAGCAGGAGAUGAACUGCAAUACGGCGCCGUUCACGGCGCGCGUGUCGGAGGUGUGCGCGUAUUACGGAGCGCUGUUCGACUCGCUGGACUCGACCAUGGCUCGGGAUAACCCGGAGCGAGUCAGGGUGGAAGAGGCGCUGGGUCGGAAGAUGGCCAACUCGGUUGCGUGCGAAGGGAAGGACCGUGUGGAAAGAUGCGAGAUGUUCGGGAAGUGGCGGGCCCGGCUGGGGAUGGCCGGGUUCGAGCCGAUACCGCUGAGUCAGAACGUCGCCGAAUUAUUCCAAUCCCGAGUCAACUCGAGGACACGUGGCAACAUGGGUUUCGCUGUUAAGGAAGAGACCGGAGGGAUCUGCUUUCGUUGGAUGGGACGGACUCUCACCGUCGCUUCUGCUUGGCGUUAAAUUCACUCUCUCUGUUUUGCGAGAUUAUUAAUUGUCAUAUUGUCAACUUUUUUUUUUUAUCGGAAAAGGAAAGAAAAGAAAAGAAAGGAAAGGAAAGGCCACCAAGGAGAAAAUAAAUUGGUGUUUGGAAUGAAGGAAAAUUCUGUAGAAUGUGAAUGUGUAAGGGAAGGGAAAGGCAGUGCAUUUAUUUAUGAUUUAUUUUGGAAUGGAAGGGAGUGUUUGGGUA